AUGGGAGGAGCACACGGCUUCACGACGAUCCGCCUUGUGCUGCUUUCGUUGUACUGCAUGCCCGGCGAGGCCGCGGUGCCAGAACGGGGAGCGCUAUUUUCGUCUGUCACGCCACGCCUCUCACCGCCGCCGCCACCAGACUGGACCGGGAAGCUUGGAUUCGCCGUUGGAACUGCUCCAAAGAUUAUGAAGACCGCGGACGGUGGCGAGACCUGGACCGCGCUGGCGGAAGGGAAUGUGGCCAGCUGUGGCGACAUCAAGGUGUCAGACUCGGGCGAAGUGGUGUGGGCCGUUUGCAAUGACGAAGCAGGCGCAGUCGCCCUGAAGUCCCUCGACAGCGGCGUCACAUUUGCAAAGCAGCGUUUGCCACCAAGCUGCGGCACCAUGCUUGGGAUAUCGGUGAUUGAUGCGGAUGCCGCUUUUGCCGCUGGUGAUUCGGGGUGCCUGCUCAAGACUGACAACGGAGGAAGCAAUUGGACAGAGUUGGCAUACUGGUCGGAAUCAAGGGGAAUCCCAAAGAUCCCCUUUCAGUCCAUAAACGCAAUCUCUCGUGACAGCAUCUUCGCAUCCGGAUCGCCGACUCCAAGCCCCAAAUGCAGCGCCCCGGAUUGGGCUUGUGCGUACAUGCUGCGCUCCACCGAUGGCGGCAAGACGUGGACGACCAUAAUUGCUUCAAACGCUCCAAAAGACAUUGACAAAGCUCCGGCCCACAUGCUGGAUGUGUCGCCACACAUGCUGGACUGUGGCCGGGUAGCUGUGGCUGCCGCAGGCGGGCAUGGCCUCAGCAUGUACAGCCGCGACGCGGCGAGCAAGGACGGUGAGUGGAACGUCGUUGAUUACGGACCUCCUGUUGACAAUAACGCAAUCGUGAUGGUGAAGGCGGACACCGCGUACAUGGCGUACGACAAUGGCGUAAGGAAAGUCAAACUGUUCGACGAUGGUCGUGUCGAUAUCCGAGAGCUGAAGGUUCCGGGCUCUACACAGAAUUUCGCCAUGGGGAUCACAGCCAUCCCCAACGCCUAUGGAGAAGAGCCGCAGCUGUGGCUGGCGAAGAGAUCGGCCGUUCUUGGGACCAUCGACCCGGGCUGCUUGCUGCACAGCCCAGACGGUGGGAAAACAUGGGCAUUCAAAUUGAACGGCACGCAGCCGGAGGACGGCUGGCGGCGCAUCUCGUUUGUGGGCGACCUGCGCCGCCCGGGAGUGGCGUUUUCUUGCUAG